GCUACCAAUGAUCAAGCGGGAAGUUUCGUUACGCUGCGGAUCGAUGCCAUCACCAUCCAGGGCAAGUGGAGCUCUUCGGAUCCUGAGCUUUUGUUGCUGAGGAUGUGCAGCAACAAGCAGGCAGUCAUUGAAAGGAAUCCUGAGGCAGACCCAAAGACGACCAAUGUCCAAGAGGAGAACACCGAAAUCUUGUUUGCACCGGAGAUGCAAAACGGACCUGCUGGUGUGGACAUUUGCUCCCAAGAGGAGAUGAUUCGGCGGGUGAGCAGCGAGAUCUUGAACUCUGGGCGUUGGUACCGUAAAGUGGCUUUUGCUUUCCUGCGCCGUGCUCAAGCAGGAGAGAUCAUUACCACAGUCGUGGAUGGCAAAGAGGAAACCGUAAACACUGCAGUCGAUGGCGACUACGUUGUGCAAGCCAACACUCGGUGGAAGGAAAACUAUAUCCUUUCCUAUGCGACUACAUCGGCAGCUUAUGAUCUGGCGACUCCCUUGGAAAUCCCUCAUGGCCGAGAGGAUGCCCACCAGCUGCGCAAGGACGGAUACCGGUGCUACAGGUCUCGCACCCGCAUUCGCGCGCUGCGUGCCACGGAAGAGUUUCUCCAGAGGCAUUGUCCUUCAAAGAAGUUUAUGGCCAAGUGGGGCUCGCCGUGCUCGGUGGAAGUCGAUGACAUCAUAGCAGCACAAGUCAGCGCAGACUCCGAAGUGACGGAGAUCUACAGGAUCGAGAAGACCGUUUUCCGAGAAACUUUCAUCCCGGAGCAGAAGUGA